AUGGCUCCUGUCUUCCGGAUGGCUUCGAGAGAGGUGAGUGGUCCACUAGUCUCAUUGAUGGUCUAAUGUCUAAUGGGUGAGGCAGGGCCACAGUUUGGGGCCUAAUUGGCUUUGCUGAAAACGUUAAUGUAUCGGGAAGAAGAGCUCUCUUCCUCUGUCGCUGUCUUAGACAACCUGACUUCAGACAUGACCCUCAUUGUUUUCACUACCCUAUGAGAUUCCUCCCUUAUGCGCAUAGAUUUUACUGCAGUUCGGUUCCAUUUCCUUCGGGGUGGUAUCGUGGAUACUUACUCCCAAGAGCUUUGGGGUAAGUCAACCGAGGGGUCUAACUGUAGUUAAGAGUUUCUAAGUGCUAAGGGAGAAUUGGCUUGCUUAUCCUUAAUGCAUGAGAUAUACUCUUGUGGACUCUCGUGGCCAUGAAAGUCUACGAAGGUAGCACACAGAUUAACGUGAAGCAAUGUGGAUAACUCCUGGUCUAGAACGACCUGAACAACCCUGAUAGCAUUAGUCGACCACGGCUAGACAUUUGCUAGCCCGUUUGACUUGCGGGCUAGUGCAGCGCUAGUAAGCUGACUGGCUGAGAGUGCUCGAUCUGUGCGAGGAAAGGUGCCUUUCCACUACACCCCUCCUUGAUGCUUACCCGAGUGCAUUUUCACGUCACGCCUGGGGGUCCCUUUGCGUGUACACACGCACUUUGUCCGGAAUUUCGGCCCCCUGUCUGGCGACUUAAAUCGCCUCGGGUUACAACGCCUGAGAAGGCGCGUCAACCUACUGACCCUGUGUGGACAGUGUCCGCCAGGAUUGUUGAACGAUCCGGUCAAUCGCAACACCAGCCCGCGACCAAGCUAGCCCUGGGCUAGUAGAAUGCUAUCAGAGAAGGUUGCUAGACACGUCAACACUCCUAUCCAAACCCGGGUACAAGAUACAUAAUGGGUGCAACGAACCAAGUACAUCGGAAAACGACUAUAAAAGGAAGAAUGAGUCACAUCGGGGGAUGAUCCGUCUGGAUGAGGGGGCACGCCAGUAUGCUUGUUUAACUGCCGGCGGAUAAUGCUGCCAUUAGGACAGUUGCAGGGGAGGGCUGCGGAAGAUGCCAACGUGGAGCGUGAGCAAGGUAACAUUAGGAGUUUCGGGAAGGGGAUCUGCGGUUGUGGGACAGAGCGCCAGCUGUUUUCACCAUCUCCACCCAGGGUCCGGGCCAGGAGUGUUCACUUCGUUCCAACAACCUAAUCUAGUUCGUGGGGCGUCACAGCGUGGCCAUGACUGUAGAUUUUCCUCUACAGCGAUGCCAUCCUCCGUCGAGGCCUGAGGUCCACUUGGUUCAGGCUCCACAACCAUUCGUAUAACCCGAUUAGGAGACGGCGAAGUACACACGUUCCUAACUCGUAGCUGUCCCCUAAAAUUGCACCAUGUACACAUGAAUAUCUCAAAACAAGUAACCACGGGUGUUCAAAAGGAAUUCGCCCCUUUACAUUGAAAUGCGGUGUUCUGCCGACGCCGCGACUGCGUCUGUCCUCGAUUUCCAAUAGGUUAUAUGCUACUUUUGACCUCGUUUCUGCACACAAACUGUUUACAUAUCUCCACUUUUCCGUAGUUUGAUUCCAGGCGUCCGCCGAUUGAGCGCCGCCGCUCUCGUUCUCCUAUCGCACCGCCUCCGAACUUUAGGCACGAAAGAAAUGUUGGAGGCCCACGCUACGCACCAAGCAAUCCAGCCUACUCGGAAUAUCGUCCACGACCACGAAGUAUUACCAGGGAGCGAGGAGUUCCCCGUCGAGAUUUGCCGGAUUCGUCUCGCAAGUACCCUGCUGGCCGCUUUGAGCAGGUUUCGCCAAGAUGGUCCGGCCGGUUAGACUCGAUGUUUAUUUUUUAAUGAUCUCCGUUUAGUGAUAGGAGUCCUAUACGUGCUGCUUCGCCCGUCGGCCGUUCUCGUGACAUCGCGCCCAGGCGGUUUGCGCGCGAAGUUCCUACUGAAGACCCUCCGCCAGUGAGACGUUAUUCGCGGCCUCCCAGGCCAGAGCCUUCCCCCAGACGAUAUUCCCGAGAUCUUCCACCGCGUGAAGCGCCCGGAGCUGGCAAAUAUAGCGCACAUAGUCCGCCCCGUCCCCGCAUGGAUUCACGACCAUUGUCUUCGGAAAGGCGUGUUCGUGAGAUGCCUUUGGACCGCCCGAAAUGGCAACCACCGAGAGGUAAGCCCGGCUGUCCUAAACCCUCUUCCAAAGCAGUCUUUCUAGUAAUUUUCUGGUCGCUAAACGCGUCCCAGUCUAACCUAUUGCCUUUAAGUUUCGGUUUGUACCGGGCAGUGUUCUUGCGUAUGCACGAUACGUCUGCAGUCAGGUCGGACGUGACCAUCUGUCUUGAUACCCGAACACCCGGACGCGGCGGUUUGUGACAGCUGACCUAAAAGACCUAGGUCAACAAUGCGGACAAUAUCGAGGGCCCAGUAACCACGUCAUCGCUCCUACCCCUGCGCCGGGAUCAGGUUUCAGUCAAAAAAUUCGUCGUUCCGGUAAAAAAAGUUUUGGACUUAAAUAAGCAGCGUCGAAGUCAUGCAGUAGCUGACGAUGCCGCCGAGCUACUCCGAUCGUCUUUGGAUCUCUUAUGGUAUCUCCGCACUUCCGUUGGAUUACGUUGCUCGAAGAACUGCUCAAGCUUUGAUGGUCAGUAAAGUUCGCUCCCGUCAGUGCUCACAAAUCAAAACGCGGUUGUGUCGGCUAAAAAGCAGGCCGGACGAAUACAAACUCCGUGUGGCUUGGCAGAAUCAAAAUCUGGAACUCGUUCAUAUUUUUGCUAGGGGCUGUAGUUACCCUGAAGGCAUCAUCGGUUUACUCGGCAGUGUCCUCCCCCCUGCUUCACUCCGUUGACCAAGAACCAAUCCGUGGGAUAUUUGACUUGGUCAAACUCGAAUGGACAGCCGUUGUUGACGACCAGGGCCUCAAUGAAAAUCCAUAUCAAGCAUCCUUCAGCAUUUUCAGCAGUGAUAGGUAAUCCAACGAAUUCCGCCUCCCUUUACUCCGAGACUACGUUCUGGAAGCUUUUAUAGCUUGGCGCUACUGCCGUCGUAGUUAAGUUCGGUCGGCUGGCGCCCAAAUGCAUGUUUGGCACCACCGGAGCAGCGUACCAUCACGAGAACAACCAAUUUCGCAUUUCAACGCGAUAAGGGACGUGAUGUAUCCUUGUCAAACAACUAACAUGAACAACGUCGCAGACAGGGGGUCGACUGUAGCACUCGAUCACAACCAUUUCAUGAUGCAUCUAAGCCUUACGACUAGCGAACUCGAAUGCUGCGGCGAAUCCAGAUGGCCCUGGAUUGCCGACAUCCCUACCCAAAAACAAAUACCCAACUGAGGUUGUGUCCUGCAAGUCUUUUAACGUCUACUUUGAUCAGCCCGUGAGUCUGCUACCCACAGUUUCGCUUGCAAACAGUUGUUCCACUUGGUUAAGUUAUGGCCUGUUGUAAACAAUUCGCCUUAUUUUGGAAUAACCCCUUGCAGUCUGUGGAGACUGGAUGUCACCACACAAGGUUCCCCACCUGACCUGUGGUUUCGACUGCAUUGACAGAGGUGCUACAUAGUGAAACUUACAAAAGUCGUGCAGUGUCCUUCCAUUGAUGAAAGUUUAAACACGUCUUGCCGGAGGAGCCAUAGUCAGACCCAACUUCACGAAUAUCGCACUAUCGGUCGUUGGGAUUAAGCUGGUCGAUCAGAUGUCAAUUGCACAAAACUUCACCUUCACUAUUCAGCCGUCCACUGCAUGCGUCUCGUUUGCCCUAGUCAUAUAGUUUAACGCCUUCAGGCAACGGCAUUGCUCGAGAAUUCCCUCCUAACUCCGUUUUUCAUCGGGUCUGCAAUAUCUAACGAAACAGGUUAUUCCCUAUAGAGUUUUUAACUCCUACAAUGCAAAAGCAACCCAUCCCCGAAACGUGCCAUAAGGCCGGGCCAUUGCUGAGGAGGCCACACUACCCGUCUGCGACUGAACAGGUUGAUACCCAGAUCAAGGGCCGCUAUUUUUCAACCAUGGACCACCGUCAAGUGUUGUAGCUUCCACCUCAGUGUUCACCUUCCUACAUGGUAGACUUAAGAUUAAGAGCUUGGAGUUACGAUGAAAAGGUGUAGGCUGUUGCUGUGACCUACAGUGUUAGUGUCAGUUGCAAGUCCAGACUCAUUUUUUGGUAAUACUUGCCUAAGGUGACGCAUGCGCCACUGCUCUCGCCAAGUCAUAACGUACCGAUAAACUUCUGGCCUCAAGAAUGCCUGUCCGCCUUGUUAUACCACGGGCUGAAAGAUUAUUUAAAUCGGUGACGGAAUGCCUGACCAACGCGUGUGUCAGGAAUAUGCUCUGGUGUCAUUCGUCGCUAAAGGUAUUAAGCCGUGGUGUCUCUUCCAACGCGGUUAUUUAUAACAGCGUGUCGUAAAAACGAAGGAAUCGCCGUAGCAGCCGAGAUCGUCUACUGGACGUGGCUGACGGUUGUUUCGGCUGGUGCACGCCGAAGUUGCAAGACGUCCAAGUUUAGCCGGCCCGUUUAACUAUAAAGCGUGGAGAGAAAUCGGUUUCGCGCCUAUAUUUUGCCCGUCAAACUUGGCCCUUUAUUCAGAAAUAUGGGAAUUCUUGGACAUUGCUAUCCUGCAAGCUGUUGAUGGACUUGUGUACAAGUUAGACUACGAGGGUUCUGGUCAUCAUAUUUCCUCAAAUCCAACCUGCCAAUUUUCAUCUUUCACGCCUGUCCCGUGUUCUAGAUGGUACUCGCAGCUCCUAUGCACUUUACGGCGAUUCAGAACCACGUUCCAGUUUCAUAUAUUGAAGGUGCGGCCGUGCGUUUGCUUCAAAUUACCUGGCACCGCGUUUUCAGUGCACUAGUCAAAUAACCGUAAAACUGGGAUCCUACCAAAUAGCCUCAUACCUGUCCCUGACAUUACUGUGACCUAAAAGCCUGUGGCUCGUACAAAACUGAGCUCACGAUCACUCUCUGAGUCGCCUAGUACGACAGAUUCAGUCCUAAAGCCGAGCAAAAGGUGAGCGCGGGGACACCGAUGGUCAGUCAGCAAGCGUCGGCCACCAGGUUUCUUUCAAGCUAUCAGUUAUCAAGAGCAAAGCACCUCAAAAAUAGCGCACCCAAGACGCGAGACCAAGCAAUUAUCGCCGUUUGAUGUUCGGUUUCGGUUUUUUGUGAUGACGUGUCGAUUGUCGCUGUUGUAAAUAUCUUUCAGCCCGGGGCAGGUCCUCUAACGUCGGUUGGUGAUAGAACAUUUCGCUCAAGUACGAGCAUUUGUAUUUGCGAGGCCGUUGACGGACGACCAAUGGGCAUCUAAAACUGGAAACUGGAGCUUCAGGCUACUGCAAAAACACUUGGGAGGACCGAUGGGGACUGUUGUCUUUACAAUGGCGACACAGUUCCGAGCGAGACGCUGCUGAAAAUAGAUCAACAGGUUUACCCUUUCGACUGCAGUAUCCGACAGGUAUCUGAACGAAGGAACCACCCACAGCCCGAGCUUUCGCCUAAAGGGUCUUGUCUCACAGAGUUUUUGGAAUGGCCAACGUUAAACGGUAGUUCAGCUGACGGGUGAUCCUGUAUGAAGUUAUGAUAUACAAUUAGUGCUGUCGAGUUCUGUCGGCCCAUUCCUGUGCUAUCCGUUGUGUGAACUUCGAACAGCGCUAUGUUUACAAGUUUGGUUCCCAAUGGAGGUUGAAGUUGAUCAACUGGUCACACCGUGACCCGAAGGCAGCCCUGAUCCUGUCCAAAGCGUUGGAAACCGCGAAAUUAACGGGCGACAGAAACAGUUGGUACACGUCGCAAGGUCUUUGACUCCAACUAAGUUGUUUGCCAGAACCCUCACUAGCCUCCUGUUUUCGUGCUGGUGUGAACGCCUAUGAAAACGAAAACCUACCGUCCAAAAGGGACGCCGCGUUGAUACCAAACCGUUCGUAACGCGCAAGGGUAUCAAGAACAGGGCUUGUGUUCUACUCGCAGAUUACGCAGUCGACGCGCCAUACGCAAAGGGACACGCAUCAGGCCGCAGACCCCCUAGCCGUCAGCACACCCACGCCAAGUCCGAGUGUGCAUCGCCAAGUCAAUGGGCAACAUGUCACAAACGGAUUGGUCUUCGCUGUCUGCUUUUGCAAAACAUCAAUUCCAAAGCCAGCCAAUAAUCGAGGAAGCUACGAACUUAGUUCUGAACCCCGGCUGUAUGUACCUAUCCUGUCGGCCCUGCUGAAACUUCGAGCGUAUAAACAAUGAAGAAAUUCAAUAAUCUCGAGCUGCCGUCAACCGUUGGAAUGCUGGAAGUGAGCUUCUGGAGCACUAAAAAUUAAGCGGGAAUACAUACAAACUUCUGAUUGUUGAGCAAUUUUGGAUUUAUUCGAGGCAGUCACAUGCUUGUAGCAUCGCAUAGGUCACUAUGUGGUAAGAUUGGCGCAGAAUAAGAAGCUACCACAGUACAAUCUAGUCGGGUCUGAAGAGACAGUCAGCCUCAACACGGGACCGGCAAAUGCGGCCGUUUACCAUGAAAGCAUGGAUGGCAAUCAAUGAAGCUGCAAAAAUACGCGAAGCCCAGAACGCAAUGCGGAUUUCGCGUUCACUAGAUCUCUGGCAGUCUGAGGACCCAAACUCGGAGUCUCUUGUAAUAAUUAAGUGAACAUGCAAUGCAUUCUGCUUGGCCCUACAAUAAUAAACAACAAUCCAAACUGCGCAUAAUCAAGCAGAUAAGGCGUUUGUCUUCAUGGAGUGGUUGCGGACCAGCGUACUGUGGAGCGACUUAGGUCGUCGCAUGAAGUGGAGGAUGUAGCAACAUAAAUCUUUGAUCUUUGGCGUAACAGAGAUAACCUGGUCUGCGAACUGAUCUGCGGUUGACCCACGACUAAGAAAUUCGUUGAUCCACGCCACAGGAGCAGCAUUUUUGACGAGAUCCAGUAAAUAGUUUAGAAAAGGAAUGACAGCGAUGCAGUUGUCUCUUCAGUGUUAGGGGAUGUGAGGACAUUCGUAGAUGCAAGGGUGUUCAGAACAAGCUGUCUUUUUCGGGACCCAGUCUUGGACCACAGUCCAGCUCAUAAAAUAUCGAAUUCUUCCAUGUCAGAUGCCUCUGGAAAGAUGGGAAAUCGUAUCCGCCAAGCCCCUCAGACUAGCCACCGGAAUCCAGCCAUAGAACGACAUUGGGCGGCCUGUGGUCCUUAAAAACAACAGGCAUAUGACCGCUUGCCUAGUUAUCGUUAUUGCAGUCAUUGGCGGAUUCUUCACGUCCCCCAGCGCAAUACGGGGUUUCCGCUACUUCUCCUUUGAUAGAGCCGGGAUGGUUGUAGGUAUGUCCGAACCCCGACACCGGAUCAACUGUCUAAUUAGUGAUAUGACAGUUAUACUGUCUCGCUGCCGUAGAGCGCAUGUACUGUGGUUUCCUACGCCCUCGAAUUACUUAAAUCACACGUCACCGAUUUUCGUCGGUAUUUCAGGACUUGUGGCGUGCAACUUGCGUGCGCAGCUUUAUCUUUCCAAUGAUGUUACCGGGACACUAGCAAAACGCCGAAGUCGACGGAGUAAUCCGCCUUGUCAAGUCUGACGUUAAAAAAUUCCAUUUUUCGAUUUGUAAUCCCUGAGGAGCAUUUUCGUCUUUGCAAUCUUCAAUUGAAAUCCUACUUUGCAGCUCCGAGGCCACAUUAAGUAAUGAGCGGGGCCCCCUCGCCAAAGGUGUUUUAAAGCAAGACAAUGUCGUUAUUGUUGAAGCACUCGGGGUGUGUUCCGGCACUAAUCACGGUGGUGAGUGCAUAGCAUUACGGGCUUCGUCACUUGCACCGUAUGUUUCAAAUUGCUACUCGCGUGGUCAACUGUCUUUAGUUUCGAUGACACAAUAAAUCUCCAAGGCCUUCUGCAAAACGUCAAUAUCAAAUGCCCCAGAAUCUGUCACGAGAUUAAUAUCUGACCAAAUGGACAUCUGCUUACCCAGAAAUUUCUGGGGUCUCUUAUCUGCUGGGUCCCCGAGGAGUUAAAGCUGUUAAGAUGUGCGCUCUCAAAGGUCUUCAUUGCGAUUUCGACCAACUCGAUGUCUCUACUUGCGACAGUUCUUGUUAGGCCGCUCGACUUUUUGGUCUCCAUGAACUCCAACUUAUUUUUGCCAGUCUCACACUUAAGGGAAGUUUGCUAUCCUCUGGAAUCGCUGGUGAUGCGCGUGAUUCAUAUUACACCAAGGGAGCCCUGUAAAACAGUCAUUUCCUUUGCAUCCACUACGAGUGGCAAAAUUAGGUGAAGUCGGCUGUGUUGUGUCUGGCCCAUCGACCAAUUUGAAUCAGGCUUCAUAAGGGCGUGUCUGCGCGAGUAGUGAUAAAAUCGAAUUACGAUGCGCCCGCUGCGACCCUCCACUCAAACCCGGUAUCGAGCCGUCCAGUCAGUUGGAAAGCUCCCAAAUCUGCCAGUAGUCCCACUCUUGUAAUAAGUUCUUCAAUGGGACACAGCCCAAAUUCUUUCCACCAGUGUUAAGGCCCCAGAACUAGAGCCGAAAACAUGAUGCGCGUGAGGCGCAUAUUACAUAGUCCUGGCUGCACUACACAGUCAAUAAACAGUGAUAGGCGAUCAUUCAUCGCUUACAAGCCCCAGAGACAUGUGGGUUUUGGUCGCCCGUACGCAGUUCUAAAUUCCUCAGAAUUACCUCCACAAUCCGGUUCGAAGGUCCGAGACUCGUCUAAUGUCAGUAAUGUCCACCGGGUCUCUCCGCGCUGCUUCGAUCGCUCUUGAGCCGGCAAGAGUCGCCACCCAAGGUGAUCCUGUUAUUUGGAUGGUUAGGUUGGUUAAAGUAAUCAGGUAGUCGAAGUGAACUCAAUAAGCAACGCUGUAAGACGGUUUUCGUUCCAAGAACCACCUCAUGCGAUACCCAGUAGCAGACCCCAAUAUGAGGAUCAAAGUUCACCCAGUGACCUACUUUUUGCCACAAUAACGCCUCACUCGGGUAUGACUCCGUGACUUUGCUGUCGGAUACCCAUCAGUGCCCGUCAACCCGACUCAGGCCCGGUAGUUUACUCCAUCCGUCCCUACGCUCCGACCAAAUUAAGAAUUCAGACUGGCCUCAAUAACGCCAAUUUAAACGUUGCAAUUAGGACCAGAGGUUGGUAACGUAGCUUUAAACGUUUUUGCAAGAACGGUUCCGAGAGCCGUAUUUUGCGCUUCAUCUCAGAUGCGUAGAGGUUGUACUACGGAUAACCACGACCCAGGCCUAUUGGAUGGAAAUGCUCUCCCGUAAGGUUUGUGAACAUGAGCUUGUCAUCAUGACCUUAUAUCCGGUCCUAGUUUGUUGGCAGGGUCAUUGCGCUGCCCAAACUGAGAUAAUAAAAUCCGUCAAAGUCGUUUUUUAUGGGCGCCACUUUCUCCAAACGAAAAACAUAUGCUACAUGACAUGAGGAAAUGCCGGCCUUUCCUCUUCGGGGCGCCGGAAUUUUUAGGUGAUUGCCAUCAUCCCGCAAAGCGAACAUCUUGACGGGCUCUAUGUGCCGCAGCGCUGUACCAGCAGGGUAUACUGGUUUCUUUGUGUCUUUGACGGAUUGUCGUAGGUCCGUCGUUCGUAUCGGACAUUACUUGCUAGAUGUUAGGAGAAAAUCGUGUGUAACUCGAGGAACUUCAACGAUAACGUCUAUUGGCUGUUUCGUCAAGGAAAGGUCUCGAAAAAAUGUCUGAAUCUCCAACUUGAUGUGCUGGUUUUUUGAGUAUUUCGGGAGUACGAUUGGGAUUCCAUCUGGACUGCCGCCGUCGAAAUCUCCACACAACGUCGGCUUUAAAAUGAGAUAGCUGUUCUCAUUAUAAGCAUUCCUAGAGGCUGGCAGAACGAUUGAUCUGUCAAACUUUUCCUUGCCACUACCAGGUGACAUUCAGCCAUACAGAAACGGGCGACCAUCUUAUGAUGACAGAAGAGUUGGGCGCCCACCCUACUCAGAAGACACAUACUCGGAUAUUCCAAGGCGCCCCCGAUCCGAUUUCAGACGCCAAAGCCCUUCACCAGGUGAACGCAUUACGACCACUUUUAACGGACGUCCACGCGGUGACUUUUCCCGAGGAUCCAUACGAGGCUCUGGUCCACCACGUAGGAGAUGAGAACUAUGUACAAAUCCAACCCCCAGCCGUUUCCUUUGCGUCGUCAACUUUUACUAGUAAAGUGCUCACUUUUCAGUUGUCUCUUUAUUCUCAUCCGGGAACGGAGAGGCAUCAUUUGCGUCACACAUGCCUCAGCUCAGUCCUGCUGUGUUCAUGUUCUUGUAUCCAUGGCCAGUUCCGUCGUGGCGUAAACCCUUCGCACUUAGACUGGUGCCUUUAUUUGGCACUGGGAAAGUGCAAGAGUUUUGAAUAUUAUCGUAUGUCGCCAAGCUGAACCAUGUCACGAAUGAAUCUGCGACUUGUCAUCCAUUUGUGGGAACUCUACGGAGAGGCUAGGCUGGCGGCCUGGGCAGUUGUUGGAGUCUCAGCGGAAGUCUGCAUCCAGCACAGCUUCCACCGGAAUCACAUCAGACAUCCAGAAAUUGGCAUGGCUCCCUGUUUCCAAAUUUCGAAGAAACAUUAAUCUCGGGAAGGUCGGAAGACUGAAUUCAAGGUAAAUAGUUAACACUUCUUUUUUAAGAAUUGGAUCCUGCUGCACCAAAACAUGAAAUUUCGUGGUUACCCCCACCCAUCCAUACAACCGGGAGCUUUGUCGCCCAGCAUGUGAAACUCGGAAUGUAGCAAAAAACAAUUGCCAGAGUUUGACUGCCGAAGAUUUGUGACAAUUCAGUGUGGAGAUAUAGGGAGGACAGACCGCCGGCGGUGUGUCCUUCGUUUCAGCCUGAAAAGAUGGUUUGGAGUAAGUGAAUUGUUGUGUUGUGUCGUUUCUAUUAUGACGAACUUUGGCCAUGAAGGUUUUAUUUCUCAUCGCCGUACCUAUCUAUUUAAGUCUUCGAGGGGGCUCGAGAAACUUUCCCAUUUUCUUGGAUAUCUUUUGAUAGGAGGUAAGGUAGCAUGCCAUUUUCCUAGGAGAAUUAGUGGGCUCCCAGUUGACGUAGGUUUUUUUAAUUUUUUGAGUUUAUGUUGAGGGUUUUGAUUCUCGCCCCCAUUUGGCGUUUUCAUAGAAAGUAGGCAGAAAAUGUUUGAAUAUUAACACAUCAGUACCACAGCGUCUCUCGUUGGUGUUCUUGCUGCCUCGAUUUUAGCCCUCUUCUCUUAAUAAGGCGAAAACGGGGCUUUCCGUUUUCGUAAGAAAAAGAGAAACAACAAAUGCCUAGCUCUUGGCAAGCGAAUGCGACAUCGUUUCGGUUGGAGUUGAGCAAGUAUAUCCACGUUAGGCUUAUGGUAGCUCUUCUUCGUAUAUUUUUGUGGGAAAAAGACAUGAGCGGAUUGGUUCCUUGUUAUGCGGAAACGUCAGACUACUUGCCGUUUGUUCUGCGCAUUUAGCCCAAUCUUCGUGCUCAUAGGCUGCAGAAAUCCGUUGUAUUUCCAGAAGCUGCCGUCGGUGUGUUGCCUCAUUUUCGACGGCAAAUACACCUGAAAACUUACUCCUUUUCGGGUUUUAGGCGACCUCGAGGAUGUUGAUUGUAUCUCUUUAUCCCUGUCUGUUCAAAUCAAUUUGGAGCAUUUAUGUUUUUACUUCGUUCGCCUAAUCUGUUUUUUAUUCUGAUUUUAGGUUUACUUGUGCACUAA